AGUGUAGACCACGACUCAAUCCAAACAAGGUGUCAAGUGGAACUACAAGUAUCUAUAACACAAAACUUUUCAAGGUGAGCUACACGCUCUGUAGAAACACGUGUAGAGAGAGAUAUUCUUGGGAUUUAGUCCAUUUUCUAGAGACAUUUAACUUUGGUGUGUUUGAGAGUCUUCUUGAUUCUCCUCUCCUCUGCAACCGAUCAAAUUUUUGGCUCUCAAAUUCUUGGUUUCUUGUUGCAAAUGGAGAAAAUUAAGGGAAGCCCAUCGGAGAUCGACAGCAUCCGUGUCAUUAGUGCUCUAAACACUCUCAAGAAGAGAAAAUUGCACGCAGAGCAAUUAGGCUUGCCUACAUCAAAGCAUAAAUGUUGGGAUCGAGAGGUUGCUUCUGAUGGACAGCUCUCCAUAUUCUUAGCCAAGGAAAAGGCAAAGAAACUAGGCAUGGAUGAUGAUAAGUCCUCUGAACCUCCCGAAUCGGUGAAAGACAGCAAUAGUUUCGGUGAAGAUUAUGACUGUGCAACAUCAGCAUACAAUGGAGUUAAUAAAAUGGAAGCAGCAGAAUAUGAAAAGGCAUCUGAUAUGCCUUCAUCUUCUUCUGUAAGUCAUGGCACUGAUCAUAUGUUGGAAAACAACAAGUCUCUUUGGAACAGUUUAAAGGCAGCGAAAGGCGUCACUUGGGAAGAAGAGAAACUCGUAUUCGGGCAUUAUUCUUCCGAACACAAAGAGAGAAUGCAAGCAUGUCUUAAUCUUGAAGAGCAGCUCUUAGAAUAUGGAGAUGAAAGCUUUGAGCAAUGUACUGAUAAGGAACUUGAAGAUAUUCUCUCUGCUGAAGGAUUAAACCCCAAUGUGUAUGUGCUUUCAUCUGGGAGAUGGACUGUAAAUCAAGAGACUGAACAAGCGAGUAGGAAACCAACAAUUGACCAAGAAUUUGAGGAGUAUUUUUCAACGCUUAUGUUGUAAGUAAAGGCGAAUUGAAUCUAAAUUUGAAUUGUACAUAUGAAAACUUAAAUAAAUUAGAACGAAUUUCUGAAUGAAGUUUCUGGCUGAAUCGCGGAUUA